GCCAGAACACAUUCGCUGAACAUCGGUUCAAGACUGUCAAUAAAGAAGAAUGGAACUACGGCACUAUGUCAAUUCAUCUGUUGGUAGGAGAGCGAGGACCAGAGACAAUCAGUCAGGAGGAGCAAUAAUCUUAAAGUUGGUUGGAAUCAGCUUUGGUCUGCUGUGCAUCAUCCAGUCUGCUGUUAAUGUUUAUAUCUGGCUCCAAGCUGAUGGGACUUCAGGUGGCUCAAAAAACAAUUCAACGUGCAAUAUCACCCUAUUGUCACCUGAUGACAUCUCAGCUGUACUCUUAGAGAGAGACCAGUUGCUUCAAGAGAAAAAACAACUUACUGAAGCGAAUGAUCGGCUGAAUCAAUAUAACGAAAGACUGCUUGAAGAAAACAGCCAGCUGUAUCGACAUGAAACACAACUCAUUCAAGAGAAAAAACAACUGGAGAAGAAGAACAAUGAGCUAAAGGCCACCAAUAGACGCCUAACUGAACAGAAGAGGAUGUGUAAUGACAAUAUCAUCAGUCAACAAGUUCAGAUAAGGGAUCUUCAGUCCGAACUAGACAGGGUGCAACCCUCUGCCUGUGCCACCAGUGAUGCCUGUCCCCCCAAUGCCGCCUGUGCCACCAAUGAUGCCUUUCCCCCCAAUGCAGCCUGUCCCACCAAUGAUGCCUUUCUUCCCAAUGCAGCCUGUCCCACCAAUGAUGCCUUUCCCUCCAAUGCAGCCUGUCCCACCAAUGAUGCCUUUCCCCCCAAUGCAGCCUGUCCCACCAAUGAUGCCUUUCCCCCCAAUGCAGCCUGUCCCACCAAUGAUGCCUGUGCCCCCCGAAUGCUGCCUACUCGCAACAGAGAGGAGGUUCAGCGCCUGACCGAAUGGUGUUCAUCAAACAACCUGGUCCUUAACACCAGCAAGACCAAGGAGGUCAUUGCAGACUACAGGAUUGCUUGA